AUGGCUGAAUAUGAAACAUGUAUCUUGGGUCUACGUUUAGCCCUCAACGUGGAUGUGAAAGAUCUUCAGGUAAUUAGCGACUCGAAUUUGCUAAUUCAUCAAGUUCGAGAAGAGUGGGCCACCAAGAAUGAAAAGAUCAUACUGUAUGUUGUACUUGUGCAAAGAUUGGCAGAUCGAUUCCAAGAAAUCAAGUUCAAACACAUACCAAGAACCCAAAAUGAGUUUGCUGAUGCAUUGGCAACAAUAGUAUCUAUGAUUCAGCAUCCCGACAGUAGAUACAUCGAUCCUGUCAAAAUUGAAAUCAGAGAUCAGCCAGCCUACUGUGCUUUUGUAGAGGUAGAGACUGAGGGAAAACCUUGGUACAUUGACAUAAAAGUGUACUUGGAGAAAGGAGAGUAUCCUGAAGGAAUCACCUUAAAUUAG